UCAACGGAAAGAGCCGAAGAUGUCGGCUCGGUCAUGUGAUCAGCUGUAUCUAAUCACAGCUGAUCACAUGGGACAUGUGCACUGAUCAUCAGGGCACUGAUGAUCAGUGGGCCCUGAUGAUCUGUGCAUCCCCACCUGUCAGUGUCCAUCAGUGCCACCUGCCAGUACCCAUCAGUGCCACAUCAAUGCCACAUAUCAGUGCCUAGCCAGUGCACAUCAAUGCCACAUCAGUGCCCAUCUGAGCUGCCUUUAAGUGCCACCUAUCAGUGCCAGUCAGUGCCACCUAUCAAUGCCCAUCAGUGCUACCUAUCAGUGCUGCCAAUCAGUG